AUGGAAACUUUUCAGUUAUUCACAACACUUUUAUUCGUCCCCUUGCUGUUUUCCUCUGUAGUUUAUGGUUAUUCAUCGAAUGACAUCAAACUUUGGUGCAGCCAAACCCCAAACCCUCAACCGUGUGAGAAUUUCUUGAGCAAUAACCCCACUCACCAAUACAAACCCAUCAAGCAAAAAUCAGAUUUUUUCAAACUUUCAUUGCAACUUGCACAAGAGAGAACACUCAAAGGCCAUGCAAACACUCUCUCACUUGGCUCAAAAUGCCGCAACCCACGUGAAACAGCUGCAUGGGCUGAUUGCGUUGAGCUUUAUGAACAAACUAUUCUUAAGCUCAACCAAACCAUAGACCCUAACACAAAGUGUUCCCAAGUAGAUACCCAAACAUGGCUUAGCACAGCUCUCACUAACCUUGAGACAUGCAAAGCUGGGUUCUACGAACUUGGGGUUCAAGACUAUGUGUUGCCUUUAAUGUCCAACAACGUUACCAAGUUGCUAAGCAACACCUUGGCUCUUAACAAGGUUCAAUACGAAGAACCAAUUUACAAAGAUGGUUUCCCAACAUGGGUGAAGCCAGGUGAUAGAAAGCUGUUGCAAGCUGCUUCUCCAGCUUCUAAAGCAAACGUAGUUGUGGCUAAAGAUGGGUCUGGAAAGUACACAACUGUCAGUGCAGCCGUGAAUGCUGCUCCAAAGAGUAGUAGUGGAAGGUAUGUGAUAUACGUGAAGGCAGGGAUAUACAAUGAACAAGUUGAGAUAAAGGCACAUAAUAUAAUGUUGGUUGGUGAUGGUAUGGGCAAAACAAUCAUCACAGGUAGCAAAAGUGUUGGAGGAGGCACCACAACCUUCCGUUCAGCCACUGUUGCUGUUGUUGGAGAUGGAUUCAUUGCUCAAGAUAUCACGUUUAGGAACACUGCAGGUGCAGCAAACCACCAAGCUGUUGCAUUGCGUUCUGGUUCAGACUUAUCAGUAUUUUACAGAUGUAGUAUUGAAGGUUAUCAAGACACGCUGUAUGUGCACUCUGAGAGGCAAUUUUAUAGAGAAUGUGACGUUUAUGGCACUGUUGACUUCAUCUUUGGUAAUGCUGCUGUUGUGUUCCAAAAUUGUAAUCUCUUUGCAAGAAAUCCUCCAAACAAAGUAAACACAAUCACUGCCCAAGGAAGAACCGAUCCAAACCAAAACACAGGUAUUUCUAUUCACAAUUCAAAGGUCAUUGCUGCUUCAGACUUGAAACCAGUUCAAAUCUCAGUUAAGACAUACCUUGGAAGGCCAUGGCAACAAUAUUCAAGAACAGUUUUCAUGAAGACUUAUCUUGAUAGUUUAAUCAAUCCAAUAGGUUGGUUAGAAUGGAGUGGUAAUUUUGCUUUAAGUACUUUGUACUAUGGAGAAUACAUGAACACAGGACCAGGUGCUUCAACUGCAAACCGAGUUAAAUGGUCAGGUUAUCAUGUCAUUACAAGUGCUUCUGAAGCUUCAAAAUUCACAGUUGGGAAUUUUAUUGGUGGCAACUCAUGGUUACCUUCUACAAGUGUUCCUUUCACCUCUAGUCUUUAA